AUGACUGCAGUCAGACCUCUGGUGAAGCCAAAGAUCGUCAAAAAGAGGACCAAGUCACCAGUCAGACCAUUAUGUCAAAUUAAACGUAACUGGGGCAAGCCCAGAGGCAUUGACAACAGGGUUCAGAGAUUCAAAGGCCAGAUUUUGAUGCCCACCAUUGGUUACGGUAGCAACAAGAAGACAAAACACAUGUUGCCCAGUGGCUUCCACAAAUUCCUAGUCCACAAUGUCAAGGAGCUGGAGGUGCUGCUGAUGGGCAACAAAUCUUACUGUGCUGAGACUGCGCACAACGUUUCCUCAAAGAACCGCAAAGACGUUGUGGAAGGAGCAGCCCAGCUGGCCAUUAGAAUCACCAAUCCCAAUGCCAGACGGCGCAGCGAAGAAAAUGAAUAUAAAGUUUGUUUGCCCAUUUUACUUGUGCUAAAUAGACCAUAA